GCCCUCUGAACACUCGUCCUUUCUGAAGUUGACGCUUCACUGAGGUUUAAAGUAGGAACUGCUGUCUGUCUGAAUGGAAGAAGGGCUGUUUUUAUUCUAAUUCUAUUUCCUCGGAAAAUGUGUUAGUUUAACUUGAAAUAACAAACGUUUUUUCCUGGGAGGUAGCUGUUGUUGUUUGAACUGCUUUCAAAUACAUUGGAUAGUCUCUACGCAAAAGUAUGAAAUGGUACUUUUAAAGUAAUCUCCAGGAAGUCUUGUUAAAAAUACGUGAUGGUUUUUUUUUUUUCCCUUUUUUUUUUGUUUGUUCUUGUUUUAGGCUAUAUUUCGUGGUCUCUCUACCAUGCACUGCCACCAAUGAUCUAUUACUUCCCCCUUCAGACACUGGCACUCACAGGCCUAGAAGUUUUGGCUGUUGCCUUCUUUUCCCCGAUAUUCUUGACAAUUGGCCCUUUUUGGAGGCUGGCUAACAAUGAGUAUGUCCUGGCCUUUCUGAGAUUGACUGUGGUUGGAAGCUUAGCAUCAUACCAUGCACCAAAUGCUUCAAUUAGACUGCUUAUCUUGGCUGCUGGUGUUUCUUCUUCAUUGCUGGUUCAAACAGUAACAUGGUGGUCAGGAAACAGUUUACAAAGGUUCAUCAGGAUAUGGGGCUUCAUUCUAGGCAAGAUAAUGCUCCUUGUUCUUCGUAUCUGGUACACAUCACUUAAUCCAGUCUGGAGCUCACAGGUUGCCAAUACAAUCAUACUGACAGUUGGUUUUGUAGCAGCAAUGGAGCAAAUUCAUUCAGGUGGAGACAAGAGGAAACAAGAAACAAACAACACUGGUAAUGUGAUUAGAGAGACUGCUUCCCAUCCUCAUUGGUUUUUAUCAGGGAUUGCUUUUGGCAGCCUCAUGUUCCUCACUCUGUGGAUAUUUGGGGAGGUUUCUUUAAUUUCUAGAUGGGCAGUAAGUGGACAUCCACAUACAGGUCCAGAUCCUAAUCCAUAUGGAGGUGCAGUUCUGUUGGGCCUUGCUCAUGGACUGAUGCUUUCAUUUUGGAGCUGGUCUUCUGUCAUCAGUUUUGCCUUGUUUCUCGUAGGUUUGGCAUCUUCAGCUGGUCUCCUUUAUUUACAUACCUGGAGUGCUGCUGUUGCAGGCAACAUUCUUGGUCUCUUUACUAUGUGUGUGUGGCCUCAACUAGCUGGACGCUUUGUCAGCUGUCUGCAUCCUGGGAAAGCCAUGAGCACAGCCAUGUUUGCCUAUGUUCUUGAAUUAUUCUUCUGUGUAUGGUGUACAGCUUAUAAAUUUGUACCUGGAGGAGUUUACAUUAGAGAAAGCUCCCAUCUUCUUCUAGGUUUUAUGAUGCUAUGCAUUGGGGUAGGCUUUCUAACAGGACCCAAGAAAGACCUUAGCUCUGUCUUUGAAGUGAAAAGCAAUCAAAAACCGUUCUUCAAAAGGAGUAAAAACUAUAUUAAAUUAUUGUUGUGGCUGUUGGUUGGUGUUGGUUUGCUUGGAUUGGGUUUACGUUAUAGAACUUACCAGAAGAAGUUGGGCCAAGGGGUUCCCAAAAGAGAUUUCUCUGCUCUGAUCUGGCCUUUUAGAUUUGGAUAUGACAAUGAAGGUUGGUCUAAUUUGGAAGGAUCAGCUAAUUUGCUCAAUCAGACAGAAGCAGAUUUUAUCACUAUUAUAGAGAGUGAUGCCUCUAAACCAUUCAUUGGAAACCAUGAUCCAACAAUGUGGCUAGGAGAAAGACUGGGAUUUUAUACAGAUUUUGGUCCAAGCACAAGAGAUCACACUUGGGGGAUUAUGGCACUAUCCAGGUAUCCAAUCGUAAAAUCAACCCAUCACCUCCUUCCAUCUCCAGAGGGAGAGAUUGCACCUGCCAUCUCCCUGACUGUCAACUUCACAGGGAAGCUGGUUGAUUUUGUUGUCGCUCACUUCGGAAAUGAAGAAGAGGACUUGGACAGAAAACUCCAAGCAAUAGCUGUUUCAAAGCUAUUGAAGACUAGCUCUAAGCAAGUUGUAUUUCUAGGAUACAUCACUUCAGCUCCUGGAUCCAGAGACUAUACUGAAUUAAUAAAAAAUGGAAAUGUGCAGGAUAUUGACAGUACAGAUCAGGACAGGUGGUGUAGCUAUAUUAUGUAUCGUGGAGUAAUAAGACUGGGUUAUGCCCGCAUAUCUCAUGCGGGUUUGAGUGAUUCAGAAGUCCAGAUGGCCAAAUUUAGAAUCCCAGAUCACGUGGAUAGCUAUGUUGACAAUGACAGAAUUGUCACUGAUCCCAGCCAAGUUCCUGAGGACAUCCAUUUCAAUCCCAGGUUUGGAUCUUAUAAAGAUGGACAUAAUUAUGUGCCUAUUCAUCAUUUUCAUAUGAGCACUCCUAAAUAUUUUAAACGGAUGAAUUAG